AUGAAUUUACCACACGGCUCCUCUUCCUGCUGCCCUCACAUCAAAGUGAGCGACCUGCUCGAAUUUCAGCGACCAGGAGGAGCCAGAGCGGCUCAGCCUGGUUCACUUCCAGCAGAUGAGCGGAGAACUUUGAGGAAGAGGUCAGCGGCACACCGGGGACUCCCGGCAGCAGCUUUGCCAAAGACCACCAAGGUGAUCGGUGGACCAAAUGACAAGCCACAUUCUUCUCCUCCCUCCCUGAGGCCUGAGAAACAGAGAGGGUGCUGGGUGAAGGAGGAUGAAGACGGCAUGUUUCACCUCACUCUGGAGUUUGUUCUGUUGGUCUGUGAGAAGGUGUGA